AUGGAGGGACUGGGCGCGGGCCGGAGCCCCAAUCCUCCGGGCAGGCAAGGGGGAGACCGCAGGCAGCUCCGGGGCGCGCCGGACAGCUCCAGCCGCCGCCGAGGUCGGGGGCGCUCCACUCGGGGCCCUCAGGGUGCGGGGCGGGAGCGCACGCGCUGGGCGCGGCGGCGCGGCGGGCUCGGGGCUCCGGGGCGCCGCGCCGAACGCAGCUCUGACGGCAGGCUCCCGUGCGGCUCCAGGGUGCCGGGCGCGGGCUGCAGGGAGGGCGCGCGGCCGGGACACAAAGGCGGAGAGACGACUCGCGCGGGCGGCGGACGCUGCGCCCCGAGCAGGCCGCCUCGCACUAUAGAUCCAGGGGGGCGGGCAGCGGCCCGAGCGCGCGGGCGCCGCGUCGGCGCGGUUCCAUGUCCCAGGGCGCGGAGCGCGGAGCGGCGAGGGGCGCCUCCAGGCGCGCGGGAGCCUCCUCAAUCUUCGCGGCUCCCGGCCCGCGGAGCAGGCAGGAGGGGCUCGGUCCCCGCCGCGGGCGCCGGACGCGCACGGGCCUUUGUGUGCGGGGAGGGCGCCGGGACCCUCUGCGCGCAGCUCCCAGCUCCGGCCGGCGCCGCCGUCCCCGCCGAGGAGAGUCAGCGCGCUCGGCGCGCUGUCAGAGCACUAUAA